AUGAUCGAUACCACGCAAUCCCUCCGGAUUGGUUUUGUGCCUGAGCACUUCUCGACCCCAAUUCACUUCGCCAAGAAGCAUUUUGGGCUCAGUGCCACUCUGACUCCAUUCCCAUCCGGCUCAGGACAUAUGAUUGCAGCCCUCCGAGCUGGAGAGAUCGACGUUGGUAUCGGGCUGACUGAGGCAUGGGUAGCCGGCCUUGGCAAGGAAGACGCCCCCGGUGACGGGGGUUACCGUUUCGUUGGAACUUAUGUGGAGACCCCCUUAUGCUGGGCUAUUUCGACUGGUGCUCAGCAUCCUGAGACCUCAUCAGUGUCGUCGCUCAAGAAUUCCAAAAUCGGUAUAUCUCGCCUUGGCUCGGGCAGCCAGGUAAUGGGCUUCGUCCUUGCUGAUCAGCAGGGCUGGCUCUCUCCUGACUCCUCAUCUUCUCCUUACUCUGAAUUUGUUAUUCUGCAAAACUUUGCGAACCUGCGCAAGGCAGUCAAUGAUGGCUCGGCCGACUUCUUCAUGUGGGAGCACUUCACGUCCAAGCGGUAUUAUGACUCGGGCGAGAUUCGACGUGUGGGCGAGAUCUACACUCCAUGGAGCAGUUGGAAGAUCGUGGCUUCCACAUCAUCAACGGCCCUCAAGGACGACCCUAGGCUAAAGGAUCUGUUCGUCAAGCUUGACCAAGGCGUCAAGUACUUUGAUGGGCACCAUGAUGAGGCUGUUCAGUACAUCAGCACGGAGCUGGAUUACUCAGAGGAAGAUGCUCGUGAGUGGUUAAAGACGGUGAGAUUUGCGGGGGAGACGGCAGGUGUCGAUGUUAAGGUCAUUGAGGGAUGUAUGGACGUGCUCCGGAAGGCAGGGGUGUUGAGGGAGGGCACAGGGAUGCAAGCACAGGCUAUGCUGACGGAAGGAUUAGGGAAAAAGCUGCCAAUGUGA